AUGAAACUCUAUUCUGCCUUGUUUACCCUUGCCUCCAGCUUUGCGGCUGUUUCGACCGAAGCUGGCAGCCUUCGUGCCACCUCUUUGGUGCCUCGCCAGCUUGAUGCAAAUACAUGCAGUUUUGAAGCUGCUGGUUAUGAUGAUGCAUACACUGUGCAGUACGGUGGUUAUCAAUGCAUGGGAACAACAUGUACUUACACUUACACCAUUACCAGGAAUGCCCCUGCUAGUGAGGGGGCUGGCCUCAGUCACUGGAAUAUUGUUACUGGGAAUGGAUGUGUGAUUGAAGCUAACCAAUGUGAGGGUGCAACUGACAUUGGAGAUCCUACCUGUGCCAAUGGAGGAGACCCUGAUGUUGCCAAAUGUGAUUCUGGUGGUUUCGAUACCCCUGGGACCUCCUCUACAAUGACAAUUACUGUGGAAAAUGUUAGCCCUGGCUUUCAAGACAAAGGAUCUGUUUAUUUUCAGGCCAAAGCUGGCCCUAACUGCUUUGAUUCAACGGCGUCAACCUGCACUCUGCCUGGACCUGAUUGUGAAUCUGUUGCAACUUUCAGUCCAACAUCAAGCCUGUCUCCUAGCCCAUCUAAUGUCCCCUCUCCCAGCCCCAGCAUUAGUCCAAGCAAGCCACCAAGCAUCCAACCAAGUGCUAGCCCCAGUGAAACCCCAAGCGAUGAACCCAGUCUGGCCCCUAGUCCCAGCCCAUCAAUUUCCCCAUCUGCUGCCCCCUCUCCCAGCCCCAGUGAAUCCCCAAGCAAGCCACCAAGCAUCCAACCAAGUGCCAGUCCCAGUGAAACCCCAAGCGAUGAACCCAGCCUGGCCCCUAGUCGCAGCCCAUCAAUUUCCCCAUCUGCUGCCCCCUCUCCAAGCCCCACUUCUCCAUCUGCAAGUCCGUCUGUCAGCCCCAGUGCAAGCCCCAGUGCAAGCCCAUCCACUUCUCCAUCGGCUAGUCCAUCGGCUGACCCAAGUGCAAGCCCCAGUAAUGCACCAAGCAUCGAACCAAGUGCCAGCCCCAGUUCCAGCCCAUCCAUUACUCCCUCGGAUAGUCCAUCUGCUUCACCCACUGAAAACUGUGAUGUGAAUGAAUCAGGCACUAUGUUUGGAGAGCCAACAAGUCCCACUUCUGUUCGAUUCAGUGAAGUAGGAGUAAGUAGGUGGGGUUGGUACCAGCGCAUUCCUCAGUUCCUUGGUGAAGGUAGCUAUGAGUUCACCGUGUGGGCUGGAGCAGGUCAGUACAAUGAGAAAGGAGAAGGAACCCUCAUGGGAACUGCCACUGUGCUGGUUAGCGACUGUGGUGUCAGUAGUUCCAGUGAUACUAUUUGGAAAAUCAGCAAUGAUGAAUACUGCAUCAAUGAAGACACCAACCAGCGUCACGUCCAUGUUGGAACCUCCCUCCCCAGACGACUCAGUGCCCCUGGACAGUAUGACAGUGGAUGCUGUGUCGUUGGAUCAGAAUGCUUUAUCGUUGUCCAUGGCGUUACUGAGUGGCAUGAAACCGGUUGCUGGAAGUGCGACCUUGCUGCCUAA